GAAACUUUAACAGCUAUGGGUGACUUCGGCUAUGGUGGCGGCAGUUAUGGAGGAGGUAGUGGUGGUUAUGGGGGUGGGGGAUACGGAGGUGGAUAUAGUGGCGGGGGUGGUUUUGGAGGAGGUGGAUUUGGCGGCGGUGGUUUUGGAGGUGGGGGAGGAGGUAGAGGCGGUGGGAGAGGUAGAGGCGGUGGGAGAGGUGGUGGGGGUGGGCGUCGCGACACCAGAGAGUUGGAUCCAGAACACGAACAAUUCAGGAAACUGUUUGUGGGGGGACUGAGCUACGAGACGUCGGACGACAGUUUGAAACAGCAUUUUGAACAGUGGGGAGAAGUUGUCGACUGUGUCGUGAUGAAGGACCCAGCCACAAAAAGGUCUCGAGGCUUCGGUUUUAUCACAUACAAAGCAGCUGCAGAGCUAGAUGAAGCUCAAAAUAACCGACCACACACAAUAGACGGACGGGAAGUGGAGACAAAGAGGGCCAUGCCUAGAGAAGAGUCUGGUGGAUCCCAGUCUCAGCAGUCAGUCACAAAGAUGUUCCUUGGUGGAAUCAAGAGUGACACGACGGAAGACCAAAUCAAAGAAGCAUUUGAGCCUUACGGCGUCAUUCAGAACAUCGACCUCAUCAAGGACAAGACAACCGGAGACCUGCGUGGGUUCGGCUUCAUCACGUUCGAAGAUUAUGACUCAGUUGAUAAAGCUGUGUUAAAGAAGUUCCAUGAAGUGAAUGGGAGAAAACUGGAAGUGAAAAAAGCUCAAUCAAAAGAUUCUGAAGGCGGCGGUGGGGGAGGCCGCGGUGGACGUGGGGGAGGACGAGGAUCAUCACGAGGGGGUGGAUUUGGUGGUGGAGGAUUUGGUGCUGGAGGUGGUGGAUUUGGAGGAGGUGGGAGUGGAUAUGGCAACCAGGGUGGCUGGAAUCAAGGCACUGGAGGCGGUGGAUACGGCAACUCGUAUGGGGGAGGAAACUGGGGUGGUGGACAGGCAAACUUUGGUUCAAACUACGGAAACAGUUACGGGGGUGGAGCAAUGAAAGCAGGCGGCGGCUUUUCACAGCGGGGCCAAGGACCGUAUGGAGGAGGAUAUGGAGGCGGAGGAGGUGGGGGGUAUGGUGGAGGCGGCUACGGAGGUCGAUGAGUUUCAAACAGUUGGUUUUCCAGGUAGGCUCAGUGAGAGAACAAACCCAAGGAAGAUUGAUUAAGCAGGCAGGCCACAUUAGACAACACAAACCAGGACCUUAAUUUAUCCAGCUUACCCUCGCUAAGUCUUAACUUAUAGGCUAGACUAAGGCCAAAUCAAAAACAAAACAAGAUGUUGAUAGAGCCAGGAUAUAGAUGGACUCCUAUGUGGAUAUCUAAUGCAAAUUAAACAAAAUCUCCAGUUUAAUAAGGUUUCAAAACUGUGAUGUAUGUUUAGUUUCUUCCAAUGGAUCAGAACCUGAUUAGUGAAAAAGAUUAUUCUAACUAGUUGCUCAUAGUUAGAUAACGCUAACCAUGGGCUAUUAGUGAUAUCGUCCAGCUUGUGAUAGAACAGUGUUUCAGGAAGGGGUAGGUACACUCAUGAACCUGUCUGGAAAAUCGUCAUUUACAAUUCAGAGGUAUAAACUAUUUUGAACUGAAAAAAAAUCAUCCCGAUCAUCAUUGUGAAUAGUGUCGUCAGUUUUGUGUGAACAUUACAAAAUUCGUUCAGUCAAUCGAUGUGUUUUUAUAUAAUCAUUUCCACUGUAUGUGUCUCCCAUCUCAUGAAAAUAAAACGUAUCAAAACUG